CUUGAAUAAAUGACUCAUAGUUACGGAUUGAAGAAGGGAACAAGAAGCAAAUUUGCAAAGCCAUUCAGAGGUCAUGGUAAUAUCAGUAUCCGUAAAACACUCUAAACAUUCAAAAGAGGUGACUUUGUUGACAUCUUAGUUGAUGGUGCAUAACACAAAGGUGUACCCUUCUAGUAUUAUCAUGGAAGAACAGCAAGAGUCUUCAAUGUGAAUCCUAGAGGAAUUGGUGUUUCAUUACAAAGAAGAGUCAGAGGCAGAUAUGUAGAGAAGAGAUUUCAUGUGAGAGCUGAUCACUUGAGACCAUCAAAAUGCAGAGAAGAAUUUGUCAAAAGAGUUUAAGAGAACGAUAAAAAGAAGACAGAAGCUAAUAAAAAGAAAUAACACAUUUCCACCAAAAGAUAACCUGUUUUACCAAGAGGAGCAGAAAUUGUUAAGCCUGCUGCAACAGUAUUCCAACAUCCAAAAGCUUUUGUUGAAAUUAUCUGACAAGAAUGCAUAAAUUAUAGUAUAUUAUAAAUUAGAAUUUAAAUAAUAUUUAACAUA